AUGUCGACACCUCUCGCCCGAACAGUCCUUAGCUACCAACGCAAUGCAAAACUCUACACGCUUUCUACACAGGUCACAUCCAUCACACCUUUCCAACAACUCGCGGAAGCCAGCCGGCAGCUUUUCAAGGCCGUCCCGGACGAGGAGAAUUCCCUCGUGGUGACGACGGCCGAAACCAUCUUCCACCCGCAAGGCGGCGGCCAGCCGUCCGACACGGGCUCCAUCACAUCGACAUCCGCCAACGGCGCCAGGUUCGACGUCUCGGCCGUGCGCAUGGACGUCGUCAACGACGGCGUGGUCCUCCACCUGGGCGUCUUCGCGGACCCGGCGCGGACGUUUUCCGUGGACGACGCGCCCGUCACGCAGGCCAUCGACGUGGAGAAACGACUGCUGUACUCGCGCCUGCACACGGCGGGCCACGUGCUCGGCGCGGCGGUGCGGCACCUGCUCGAGAGGGAGAUUGCAAACUUUGACGAGCUCAAGGCCUCGCACUUCCCGGACUCGGCCGCCUGCGAGUUCCAGGGGCUCAUCGAGGGGAAGUGGAAGGAGCCCAUCCAAACCCGCGUCGACGAGUACGUCUCCCGAGCCAUGCCCGUGGAGAUUGAAUUCUGGGACCCGGAGGAUUUCAAGAGGGAAGGCCUCGAGCGCCUGAUCCCGCCGGGCGAAGACCAAGGUGGUGUCAAAUUGGCGCCCGGCGAGAAAUACAGAGUCGUCAGGAUCGUCGGCGCAGAGGUCUACCCCUGUGGUGGCACGCACGUGGACACGACGGAUCUGUGUGGCAAGGUCGGCGUGAGGAAGAUUAGUAGGAGCAAAGGCACCAGUCGGGUGAGUUAUAAUGUAAGUUGA